AUGUCUGGUGUUCUCAGUUCGCUCUCAUCCGCCGGUGCUCAGGCUUCUUUCACGCUCGACCCCUCCAUCAUCCAGACCACCGAUAACGGUCAAAACCCCCCUGUCGCUGGCCAAGCUGCCGCCAUCCCCAACGUCAACAACUUCAUCAACAACUGUGUCGGCAAGACCAUCAACAACGGUCAGCAGAUCACGGGUGGCGCAUGUCUCCCUGUGACCAUGGGUGAUGUCCCCUCGACUGCAAACAUGCCGUCGACCAAGUUCGUCUCUCCGGCGAACUUGGACACGAUCGCUGCUAACACGGCGUUCACGGUGACACUGGCAAUGAAGAACAUGAAGCUGGGCAGCUUCACCAACGCGCAGAAGACCUACUACGCGAACCCGCAAGCCCUGGACGCCAACGGCCAGAUCGUCGGCCACCAGCACGUCGUCAUUGAGGCGAUCCAGUCGCUCACGUCCACGACCCCGACCGACCCGACCAAGUUUGCGUUCUUUAAGGGUAUCGACGGCGGUGUUGACGGACAGGGACAAGUCUCCGUCGACGUCACCGCUGGCCUCGCACCCGGAACUUACCGCAUGGGCACCAUCCUCGGCGCGUCGACUCACCAGCCUGUGCUGAUGCCCGUUGCUCAGCACGGAAUCGUCGAUGAUGUUGUUUACGUGAGUGUGUUGUAUGUGCACUUAUAUCAAUUGCUCAUUCACUUCCAGUUCACGGUUACUGCUGGAGGUGCUGCUGCUGCCGGUGGUGCUGCUGCUGCCGGAGGUGCUGCUGCUGCUGGAAACAACGCUGGUGCCGGUGCUGCUGCCGGUGGCGCUGCUGCUGCUGCUGCCGCCGCUGCCGCUGCCGCCGCUGCAGGUAACGGUGCUGCAGGUGCUGCCGCUGCCACGAACACUGCCGCUGCCGCUGCUGCGACCACUGCCGCCGCCAACUCCAAGGCCGCCCAAGCCGCCGCAAAGGCCGCCGCAAAGCAAGCCCAAGCCGCCCAGAAGGCCCAGGCUGCGGCUGCUAAGGCCGCAGCGAAGGCAGCGAAAGCCGCCAAGAAGGGUGGCAAGUAG